UGGCAUCCAUGCAUUGUUUCGCCAAUGCACCAAAUGCUGUGCAUGGUAACUGGUGCACAUCUCUCCCGAUGACAGGAGCUGCUGCUUUGACCUGCAGGAACUCGCUGGCGCUGCAGACCUCCGCGUUGUUUGAGGCAACGUUGCAUCCGUGGAGCUGAGACAGCGGCAUCUCUUGUCUGCAGCGGCGAGACGGGACGAGCUAACGCGACGCGGACACCCGCUGGAUCAGCUCGUGUCACUGUCCCCCCCCCCCAACCCCCAACCCCCAUUUUUUGAGGGUUUUUUUUCUCCUACCCGUUUUUCUUCCUAAAACGUGGCGAUUUGCUUAAGCUUGCUCGAAGCAGGCAGCCGCGGAUGCUCUCGCCAAACCACCCUCUCAUAGAUGUCGAUCUGCUAACCUCCUGCAAGCUAGCGCCCGCUAGCCGCCGCUAGCCACCAGACAUCGACGCGGCCACUUAAACAUGCGGAUCAUCGAGGCGGAGACCCCCGGGACAUCUCUAACGUCUAACACUUUCCGGAGGACACGAGUUUUCGACUAGCCGCUGGACUGGACCCCGUGGAGUCUUUGUAGAAGGGGGGGGGAAAGAGACGGAUCGCGAGGACCAGUUUUGCCCGCUGAACUUCUUGCCUCUCGGACGGAUCGCCCUGGGACCAUGCUGACCAUUCUAGCCGCUGGGUCCGUGUUCUUUCCAGGCCUUUUCCUGCUGUCCAAACAAUGCCUGAAGUCAAUCCCAGCUCUAAGAUGGAGCGAAGGCGACGCAGUCAUUGUAUCCGCCAGGUUGGUUUCAUCAAUUCAGGCAGUCAUGGCUUCUUCAGCUGGCUACAUCAUUGCUUCUUCCUGCGAGGACAUCCUGGAGGACCAGCAUUGGCUGACCAGCGCUUACAUCGUGUUUGCAGUUCCCUAUUUCAUGUAUGACAUCUACGCAAUGUUCAUGUGCUACUGGUACAAGCUUCGGGUCAAAGGGCACGAGGAGGCCUCAGCAGCGCCCCAGCACAUGAGCACAGCGAUGUCCAGCUACUUGCGUCGCGAGUUCCUCAUGGUGCUGCACCACGUUGUCAUGGUCACCGUCUGCUUCCCCAUCUCUGUGUUUUGGCGACAAGGAAAGGGCGAUUAUUUCCAGGGUGUCCUGUUCAUGGCCGAGCUCAGCACGCCGUCUGUCUGCUUAGGAAAGAUUCUCAUCCAGUACAAACAGCAACACACUCUCCUGCACAAAGUCAACGGGGCUCUCAUGCUGAUCACUUUUUUCAUCUGUCGAGUCCUCCUCUUCCCUUACCUCUACUACGCCUACGGAAGGUACGCGUCCAUUCCCUUCCACAUGGUUCCCCUGUCGGUGCCGUGGCACUGUAACCUCGGCGCCGCUCUGCUCAUGGCCCCCCAGCUCUAUUGGUUCUCCCUGAUCUUCAGGGGCGCCGUGCGACUUUUCACGGGCUCCUCCCGCUCCCGGCGCCCGGCCGCGGCCAAGGAGAGGAGGCAGGCGGACGGCAGCGCGCCGCCGCCGCAGCAGCAGCCCGCCAACGGCUACAGCGCGCGCCCCUCUGAGCCGGAGAUGUCCGCCCACUGAGAAGAACGGAGGGGAGGAAGGCGAAUGUACCCAUGAGGAUGUGAAGGAAGGAAGGAAGGAAGGAAAGGUGUGUGUGUGUGUGUGAGAGAGGAGAGACUUGACACAAGUAGCAAUACGAAGACAGCUACAGACGGCGAGGCCUCAAAACACGGCCGAAGUGUUGGCGGCCAGCAAUGAAGCUCCCAACGGCGAAAGCGAUUUUGGUUGCUGGCCCUCAAGCACUUCGGCCUGUUUAAUGCGAUCAGUGUUUUUUUUUUUUUUUUUUUUUUUUUAAGAGAUGUCAUCCGGAACGUGCACCGCCCUGCGAGGAAGUUGCCUGGAUGUAUAGCAAGCGUAAGGGGGCGAGAUUUCCCUCGUGUCGGUCGAAUUCGGUCCUCUCUGCCUCGCGGUAAAGGAAGAGUAGGAAAAUAGGAAUGUAUAAUAUUGUAUGUUAGUUCAUUGGCUGUAGAUGGAAGGCCAAAUUCAGUUUAGUAAUGAAGACUUUUGAAAAAAGGAAGGGAAAAAAAAAAAAAAACCUCUGCCCAAGCAGUAUUUUGACUUGUUAGUGUUUAAUAUCUGUAUCCUCUAUGUAGUCACUGUCACUCUAACAAAAUGUAACCAACCUGCAGGCUGACUCAUCAUUAGAAGGGAGAUAACCUCAUAAGACUGUAUUCUGCUGCCUUAUCCCCUUUCCCCGUUGGUUUCUUUAGCUUUUUAUUUAUUUUCAUCCCUGGAAGAGAUGGACGAGGCUUCCUGAGAUACAGAAAUGUGAUGGAUGUACAUAGCCAAUGUAAAAUUGUCCUUAUUUCCACCUCAGUAUUGGGUCAAUGUUUUUUUUUUUUGUCUCAAAUCUGCAUCUGCGGUUUCGACAGAUGUUUUUGAACAAUGACAUUUCAGCAUUAACACAAAACAUUUCACUGUUUUCCAAACCAAGUGUACGAAUAGUGUCCCUAAAGCGUUACGCCACUGCUCCCCGUGUAGUAGAUACGACCUCAUUCCAUUUACUGCUAUCACAGCGUUUUUAGCAAAGUGACGCACAGUAGCCUUCACUGUGAAAUGAGUGUUUUUUUUUUUUUUAUAUUAGUGCUGGUAUGAAUCUGAAAGUAUCCAUUUGAUUGGCCGGCGUAUUACAGGAAGUGAUCCAUACAUUUUAAUUUUGCUGUUGUGAAGGGAAACAAAGGCUUGUUGGAUCUUGUAGGGAAGCGUUCCCUCGUGAUGGACAUGCAGCACGCUUGUCCACAGCGACUAUUUAUGAUUUUAGUCAUUCGUUUUAACCAUUAAGUUUGUGAAUUGUUUUUAAGCCUUUUAGAUUUUACAAGAUCAUUUGGUCAUUUUUUUUUUUGUUUUUUUUUCGCCACUGGUUCAAUGAACCCUCGUAAGAACAAACGUCAUCAUUUUAGCUUCACUGUACUAGAACUGGGUCAAUAAAGUAAACGAAGCGGAGCUCCGAAACCUAAACAUCUGGAGAACUGUGGGCAUGUCGAGCACAGAGCAUCCAGCCCGUUGCUUCGUGACAAUACGAAAACGUUUCAACCCACGUACUGUAUAUUCCACAAAAUACUCGUUAUUUAUUUGUAUUUAUUUAUUUAUUUGGUUUGUGGUUUUGAAUGCAUACAUAUUAAACUAUAUGCUUCUGGGCCUUAUGUGAAGGCUGUAUUGUUACUCCAACUUAGCUCAAAUAUAUUUCUCUGUCCUGA